AUGCAUGUAUGUUACAGUACACAGAUGAUUUCAACAAAAGGGAUAAUCUUUCGAAAUAUGGGCUGUCGCGACGCAGCGAUGUGUAAACAUGGAAUCAUUGUUGGAAAGAGAAGCAUAUACAAUCGUAAAAGUAUGGUUAAUGUCGACAAGUUCGAUGAAUCUGUAGAAGUUACAAGCAACAAAGCCAAAAUGGCAGAAGUGCGGUCUCUUGAUAAAGCGAUAUGUGACGAAUGUUGCAAUUCAGAUCUAUGUCAGACAUCAUUAUGUUCUGACAAAGGUGCCUCUCAACUUGGACCAGUAUGUUUCAAUUGUGACGCCCAAUCACCAUCUGAUCCUUGCAUGAAAAUCGACAGGUGUGACGCUGAUGAGUCAUGUUAUCAAAGUUUCUCCACACAUCACACAUCAGGAACACUGCUUAGAAGUGGAUGCGUUUUUACGAGCACGUGUGGGCAUUUCCAUAUACCUGAGACAACCACGGAUGUAUGCUGGAGAUGCUGUGACAAUGAUUUAUGCAAUGCCAAUUGUACAAGUAUACCUUACAACAACGCACAUACAACAAAAGGUCCUUGCGUUGAUAGAUCAUCGACAGUUACUUGUGAACUUGCUUCAAGCAUUGCGUGUAGUGACAAAGAUAAGGCCAGUCACGCCGGAUGUUCUCAUUUUUGCGGAUUUUGCUAAAGGAGCUUUGGCAAUUUAUUUUUUAAUGACAUUCAUGUGUUAAACUUAUGAAUAUAGAUCGAAAUUAAAUACUUCUGUA